CUGACCAAACUGCUGCAUGUCUUCCACCUCCUGCCUGCCUUCCUGGUGAAGAUGAGCAGCGAUGUCCUGGACAUGGCGCUGAAGCUGCCGCAUGUGGAGUACGUCGAGGAGGACGCCUACGUCUUUGCCCAGAGCAUCCCCUGGAACCUGGGCAGGAUCGUGCCACCACAGCCCAGCUCAGGCACCUACAGCCCUCCCAAUAAAGGUGACCUGGUGGAGAUUUACCUGCUGGACACCAGCGUGCAGAGCACCCAUCGGGAGAUUGAGGGCAGGGUGCUCGUGACUGACUUCGAGAGCGUCCCCGAGGAGGACGGCACCCGUUUCCACAGGCAGGCCAGCAAGUGCGACAGCCACGGGACCCACGUGGCCGGGGUGCUGCGCGGGCGGCAUGCCGGCCUGGAGUUUAUCAAGGCGACGCUGGAGGCUCGGCCGUACGCGCCGCUGGUGGUGGUGCUGCCCUUCACCGGUGCCUACAGCCGUGUGCUGAACGCCGGCUGGCGGCGCGGGGGGCCGAGGGGGGGGGGGCGUCUGCUGGGGCUGCGCAUCCCAUUCCACUCAUGUGCCCCUCUGUCACCACCCUGGCAGGUCAUCACGGUCGGCGCCACCAACAAGGAGGAUCAACCUGCCUCCAUCGGCACCCUGGGCACCAACUUUGGCCGCUGUGUGGACCUGUUUGCCCCAGGGGAUGACAUCAUUGGCGCCUCCAGCGACUGCAGCACGUGCUUCAUGGCGCAGAGUGGGACGUCGCAGGCGGCCGCGCACGUGGCGGGUGAGCUGGGCUGCGGGGUGGCGGGCAGGGCUGGCUCUCCACUUGCCCUAAGUGGCGAAGAUACUGGACGAGUGUCCCUGGAGGUGCCGGGCAUCUUGGCUGCCUGUGCUGGGGACAUUCUUGCAUGCCACCAUGCCACCAUUUUGGCAUGUUUGGGUGCUGCAGCCUGCACAGAGCUCCUGCAUCCCGUGCAUGAGGCCCGGCCCGCCCCGCCGGUGGCUCGCUGCGCCGGCGCCGAGGAGAUGCUCAGCUGCUCCAGCUUCUCCCGCAGCAGCAGGCGGCUGGGGGAGCACAUGGAGGACAAGGAUGGGCAGAAGCAGUGCGUGGCCCACAACGCUUUCCGGGGCCGAGGCGUCUACGCCAUCGCCAGGUGCUGCACGUGGCCCAGGGCCGAGUGCCGGAUCAACGCCAGCUCCCGGGCGGCCGAGGGGGCCGGCUGCUCGCCGCGGGACCACGGGGGCGUUUCCACUCCCCCCCUGGACGGCGGCAGACCCGUCCCGGGGCCGGGGAGUGGGGCCAGCCGCUGUGCCAGCAGGACGGAGAUGAUGGCCCACGCCUUGUGCUGUCCCGCCACCAGCCUGGAGUGCCGGGUGAAGGAGCACGUGUCCCCGGGCUCUGCGGAGAAGGUGACGGUGUCCUGUGACGACGGCUGGACGCUGACGGGCUGUAAUGCCCAUUCCCAGAGCCCUGGCACCAUGGGAGCCUACGCUGUGGACAAUACCUGCGUGGCAGCCAGCGACCCUGGCAGCAGUGUGGCUGUGGCCAUCGCCAUUUGCUGCCGGAGCCGGCAGUAG